GCACAGAUGAAGCGCAAAAUAAUAAUAAUUCUUCAGAAAUGAAUCAGAGCCAUGUCGUUUCUAGCCACGAAGUAGCUGUCUCCGGCAAUAUGUCCUCAUCUCAAGACGAAAGUGAUGUUAGUAUGCAUGAUGUAGGAGACACUACACCAGCACCACAAACUCCAGAAAACCAGGUGGUAGCUGAUGAACCAGAUUUAGAUUAUCUGAGCGAGCAGACAAAUGACGAAUUAAAUUCCGGGGUAUCAUCUAUCUAUGAGGACGAAGAUGAAGAAAAUUCUUUAGAUGGCAGUUCUGAUGAAGAAGAUAUCAUUUAA